UUAAUUGUUAUCGAAGCAGUUGCAAUUAGUUUGUUCUUCGACAAAAUCAACAGGUUUCAAAGCAAACAAGUUGAAGAAGUGAAAAUGACUCUCUCGAUUGAUGAAGUAUUUCAAGAAAUUGGUGAAUUUCAUAAGUUCCAAUGGUUGAUGCUCACCAUUAUUGGUUACACCGUUUUUGCAACUGCUACAUUUCCUGUGAUGAUUGUUACAUUCAUCACUGCAGAACCAAAUUGGCAAUGUGUGAAAGGAUAUAACAGUUCAAUCUGUAAUUUUAACGAAUCUAUUGGUUUGACCAGUAAAUAUUAUAAAGACAGAUGUGACAUGCCAAGAGAGGCAUGGACAUAUGUAGAAGGCUUUACAUCUACUGUAACAGAGUACGAUCUAGUUUGUGAUAAGUCCAUACUUCAGUCAGUCGCUCAAUCGUGUUACUGGAUUGGAAUGCUACUAGGUUUGCUGUUUGGUGGCUAUCUCUCUGAUAGAUUUGGUCGAAAAAAAAUAUUUACAGCUGGAGUAAUUGCCAUAACAAUUGUCACAUGGAUCAUGAUUUUCCCAAAAUCGUUUGUCGUCUUUAUUGUAUGUCGCAUUAUCAUUGGUGUUGGCUUAGGUUUUCGAAAUGCAACAACUAUCGUUCUUCUCACUGAAUUUACCACACAGAAACAUCGUGCAAAGAUUGGAGCUAGUUCAGCUUUGUUCUGGGCAGCUGGAUUGUUGGUACUUCCGUUGAUUGGAUAUUUUGUUCCUGAAUGGAGAUAUUUUCUCUUGGUGACAGCCUGCUUUGCUGUACCUUGUUUGUUCAUGAGCUAUUUUAUCCUCGAAAGCGUCCGUUGGUUACAACUUCAAGGCAAAGAUGACAUUGCAAGGAAGGAAUUAGAAAAAGUUGCCCGCAUAAAUAGGAAAGAAAUGCCAAAAGAUAUGAUUAAGGAGUUUAAAGAGACUUUCGAAAGUGGAAAUUUUAAGCAUCUCUUUUACAGUUUAAGGGUUGCAAAAGUAACGUUGAUUAGCUGGAAUAUGUGGUUUGCUACAUCUUUAGUUUACUACGGAGUUUCGUAUGGUUCCGUGGAUCUUGGUGGAAACAGAUAUCUUAAUUUUGCAUUGUCAAGCAUUGUCGAGCUACCGUCUAAUGUCUUGUCCAUUAUCUCGGCUAACAGAUUCGGUCGGAAAAAAACUGUAAUUGUUGGUCUUCUGCUUGCUUUUGUUGCUUCGAUAAUCUCUGUAUUAAUUCCAGGAAAUCGUUCAGAUGACGGUUAUACAGCUACAAGGAUCAUUAUGUCAGUUCUUGCAAAGUUUUUCAUAAACAUGUCAUUUUCUGGAAUUUAUAUUUGGAGUACAGAACUCUUUCCGACUUUCAUAAGAGGUAUGGGUGUAAGUACAUCAUCAGCUGCAGCAAGACUUGGUUCAUUUUCAGCAAGCUAUAUCGUUUGGCUGAUUCGUGUUCAUCCCAUGCUGCCAUAUGGUAUUAUGGGUAUGAUUUGUCUCCAAGCAGCUAUUACAGCAAUGUUUCUUCCCGAGACAAAAGGAAAACCAACAUUAGAAACGCUCGAUGACAUGGUACAAAGGGCUUCAUCUACGGCUGUGAAGUUCACUGUCACGGAUGAAUUAGUGAUUGCAAACAAAGCAACAGAUUGCAGCAUCGAAUAAAUUUACCGACAUGAUAAAUUUUAGUUUUAUUACUUAGAGCAGUAGUAUUGAUGAU